GAAGCUAGUGAAGUGUGGAUAGCUAAGAUCUAAAAUUACUCUGUAAUCUCACAAUCACAUCAUUCUGGAAUCGAGUUGCUCCACCGGUAACACUGACAACCACUCUCCCGUAUUGCAUAACACACCUACGGCAUCGUAUCGCACAGCUACAAAACACACAGAGAUGGCCAUAACAAGAACUUCGGGUCGCGUGGUGGCGCUGUUCGCCUUUCUCUCGCUUGCCAUUUUCGUGAUGGAAACAGAUGCUCAGUGCAUGUACUAUGAUGAAGUUUGUAAAUACAAAGGCAAAACCUACCCAAUGUUUGAUACAUGGCAUACUGAUGACUGCGAAUGGUGUAUGUGUGAAGGGGAGUACGGAUACAUGUGCUGCUCAAAAUUCUCGAUCCCCAUCGAUUACGACAAUGGAUGUGAAGUGACGAGAGAUUACAGUACGUGUCAGACUAAAGUUCUAGACGAAGAAGGCAAAGAUUGCGAAGUGCUUGUUGGUGUCCUCUAAAUUAUAUCAACUUAAAGGGACAGCAGCCGAUUUCACGUCACGCUAGGAUUAAUCCUAUCUCGAGUUAGGACGAGUAAACCCGUUCAAUGUGUCCU